AUGAUGAUUCCCAUGAUAUUAAUGACACCCGAUCUGACAUCACUCAUACCCACGAGAUACAUAGGCCGGAGGGAGUGGUGCCGCAACCGUAGGGACCAAUCAGAGGGAGAUUCAAAUCGCAGCUCCUCUACCCGUAAUUACAUUGAACUUCACUCCCAACUUAGCCUUCGAACAACACAACACAAACAAACAAUGGAAUUGCUCAUAACGCUAGCUUGUCCAGACUUCACAAAGCCCUUCGAUAUCACCACUAAUGCUUCCAGAACCACUAUUGGCUCAGUUUUAUGCCAGAAUGAUAAGCUAAUUGCAUUCUUUAUUACAGACCCGUCCCACAGGGUGGACGAUAAGGGAGACCGUCCAUGUCUAAAUACUUUUCCACUUCUGAAACUACCUGCAAAUCCCGUGGAGCAUCCCUUAUUUCAGACAAUGCCUACUGAAUUGGUGGACUUUAAGGCAAUGAUAUCCUUCCGGAAACCACUCAAAUAUACCUCCGAGGAACUGCUAAAUGAAGAAAACUUUUACUUAACCAUUGAGGAAGGAGACCAAGGGCUACUGCAUGUGCUCAUUUUGAGCAUGAAAGAAAGAACACAAUCGAAAAGACCAGUCGUUGUUUAUCUGCAUCCAACAAAUGCAAACAUAGAGCAUCUACGCCCUUUACUUGAGGAUUAUGCUUCACGUGGAUAUAUUGCAAUUGCCAUUGAUUCUCGUUACCAUGGAGAACGUGCCAAAAUGAAACAAACAAUUUUCCCCUCCCACAGGAGGAAGCUUCGUCAGACAAAUAAAAAACAAUCAGCACCACCACCAUCCUUGUCUCUUAUGUUUCCGAAAACACCUCGAUCCUCCCUUGAAAACAUUUAUCCCUUCGUUUCCUGA